AUCCAUACUCUGAUUAUGAGUCAGUUACCAGACAUAAGCGAAACAAUAACAGUUGGUGGCGACUUUUGCGUCCCAAUCAUCCGCAGCGCGACUGUAUUCAUCGCGUCUUCGUUUGAUUUUUUAUUUUUUUAUUUCACCUAUUUGGCGCAUCAAGAUCCGCGAGCGCGUCGGAGGGUUUCGUAAACGCAGCCCAACGCGCUCCACUUUUAAUCAGAUUAGAAACCUUUAAUGUUUCUUCUUCUCCAGUAGCGGUGCAGGAGUGGCCACAGCCAAAAGCAGCGAUUCAGAUCAGAUUUCACCUAAAAGCAGCUGGGAGAGAGACCCGAGAAAGAGCAGGGGGAACAGCGAGAGAGCGGGCUUGUCAUUUUAGUCUCCCUCCUCCCAAAUCCAGAAAAGCUUACCAAGGAGGAAAAAAGGAGAAGUGUCUGGGGCUCAGAUACACGGGAAGAAUCCAGAGGAAUUUCCGAGGAUAUUUUCUCUUCUUUUUCUUCUUCUUCAUCCCAUUUUUUCUACCUCCCCCUUUUUUUGAGAUCAGAAUUUGAAAAAAAUAAAAAAUAAAAAUAAAAGUUGGAGGGGAGGCAGCGAGGACCGUGGUCGAGGAUGGACGAGCAGCCUCGGUUGAUGCACUCCCACGGGGUAGGCAUGGCCGGACACCCCGGCCUGGCGCAGCAUAUGCAGGAUGGCACGGCGGGGACGGACGGGGAGGGACGGAAGCAGGACAUCGGAGACAUUUUACAACAAAUAAUGACCAUCACAGACCAAAGCUUAGACGAAGCGCAGGCGAGGAAACAUGCACUCAACUGCCACAGAAUGAAACCUGCCCUUUUCAACGUCUUGUGUGAGAUAAAGGAGAAAACAGUGCUCAGUAUCCGCGGCGCCCAGGAGGAGGAGCCUCCGGAUCCUCAGCUGAUGAGACUGGACAACAUGCUACUGGCAGAGGGCGUGGCUGGGCCGGAGAAAGGUGGCGGGUCGGCGGCAGCUGCAGCCGCCGCAGCGGCCACUGGUGGCGUUGGCGCCGACAACUCAGCAGAACACUCCGAUUACCGGGCCAAGCUGUCUCAGAUCCGACAGAUCUACCACACGGAGCUGGAGAAGUACGAACAGUGGAUACGAAAUCUGGGUAAAGACAAAGCUUCUAAUGAGGCGUGCAAUGAGUUCACCACCCAUGUGAUGAACCUGCUGAGGGAGCAGUCUCGAACACGACCCAUCUCGCCCAAAGAGAUUGAGCGCAUGGUCAGCAUCAUCCACCGCAAGUUCAGCUCCAUCCAGAUGCAGCUGAAGCAGAGCACUUGUGAGGCCGUCAUGAUCCUGCGCUCACGCUUUCUCGAUGCCAGACGGAAGAGAAGGAACUUCAACAAACAGGCAACGGAGAUCUUGAAUGAGUAUUUUUACUCUCAUCUCAGUAACCCUUAUCCAAGUGAGGAGGCCAAAGAAGAGCUGGCCAAGAAAUGUGGCAUCACGGUGUCCCAGGUAUCAAACUGGUUUGGGAAUAAAAGAAUCCGAUACAAGAAAAACAUCGGGAAGUUCCAGGAAGAGGCGAACAUGUAUGCAGCGAGGACCGCAGUCAACGCAACCAGCGUGUCGGCUCACGGCAGUCAAGCUAACUCCCCAUCAACCCCCAACUCAGCAGGUUCUGCUGGCUCUUUUAACAUGUCAAACUCCGGAGACUUGUUCAUGAGUGUGCAGUCCCUCAAUGGGGACUCGUACCAAGGGGGGCAGGUUGGGGCCAACAUACAAUCCCAGGUGGAUACCCUUCGCCAUGUUAUCAGCCAGACCGGAGGAUACAGUGACAGCCUUGCAGCCAGCCAGAUGUACAGUCCACAGGGCAUCAACGUAAGACCUACAAACGGCGGCUGGCAAGAUGCUCCUACUCCUUCGUCAGUGACAUCGCCCACAGAAGGACCUGGAAGUGUUCAUUCAGAUACUUCCAACUGAACACAUCCAUCUCUACACCUCAUCCACAACAGAAGAAGAAAACAAAACAACAAAAAAUGUAAAGAAACACAUGGACUGAUGUUGUUCUUCGCAGUAUUAAAACAAAGGAAUUCACUUUUCUAAGGUUUCCUGUGAAAUCCUAAUCUAAAAUUAAGAUAACGAUGUUUCUCAGCUUCUAACUUUGGACUUUUGGGAUACAAACGAGAAGUUUCACAAUAAAAUAAAAAACAUCAAUGCUGAAAGAGAGUUUGUACAGAUUUCACAUUAUAAUCAGAGGGCUGGGGUUUACUUAUCCACUCAUAGUUUUCACUCAAUAUGAUGAAAUAAGAUAAAGUAGAUAAAUAAAUUCAUUGGCUUACCUGAAAAUACUUCAUUCUACCUCUCAGCCACCAAGAAGAGUUGAAAAAAAAGAAAUAAGACAAGAAAAACUGUCAGUGAGCAUUUUUUGUUUUUGUAAAAAUGAAACUUUUUUGUCUUUGCAAGCAAGAGGCACAUUUCUUUACAUUUUGUUGUCUCUCACCUACUCUAUGGUACGCCAUUUUAGACUUAAAUAUUGCUCAGUUGUUUACAAUGUGUGCUCGAUUAAAGUAUGUCCAUCCUCCCCUUUCUGUCUCCGACGAGUCAAAACUGAGUUCUGUCAGGAGAUUUUUACCUCUAAGGUAACCCUGUGAAGUAUGUUAUCUGUAAAACAAUAAAAUAAAUACUUGUCAUCAAAUCAGACAAGCUUGACAUCCUUCAUUAAGGUGCCGGAGAUGUUGUAUCAUGGUGUUGCAGCAUAGUCUGACACAAAUACACCUGAUUUAUUGUCAUAAUUCUGCAAAUUAAAGUUUCUGUUCACUUGU